AUGAAUAGAGCGACAACGAAAGUUAGGAUCGUAUUCGACGCAUCAGCUAAGACAAACGGAACAUCAUUGAAUGACAAUAUUUGCCAAGGACCAAAGCUACAGAGAAACCUGGUGGAUGUUUUGCAACGUCUCAGGAGGAACCCCGUGGCAUUAGUUUGCGACAUCUCGCAGAUGUAUUUACAGAUCGGAUUAGCGCCGGAGGAUAGGCCUUACCAUCGUUUUCUUUGGAGAGGAGAAGACAAAGAAGAGCCCAACGAAUACGAAUUUAAUCGAGUCGUCUUCGGUGUUAACGCGUCACCAUUUUUGGCUCAGUUUGUUAGUCAAGAACACGCACGCAAGUACAAGUCGCAGUACCCACUGGCAUCAGAGACGGUUCUGAAAUCUACGUACAUGGAUGACUCUAUGGACUCAGUACAAGAUGACAAAAGCGGCAUUGAACUCUACAAACAACUGAACAAGUUGUGGGGUAUAGCCGGAAUGGACGCACGGAAGUACCUGUCAAAUUCACCCAAGGUCUUAGCGGAGAUACCUAUGGAAGACAGAGCAUCGCAGAUCAGUCUUGAUGGAGGAGAGUUACCAUCUGUUAAAACUCUGGGAGUGAUGUGGAAAGCAGAGGAAGACAUCUUCACGUUCGAGCCAAAACCAGUGGAGGAUGACUUCAAGUUGACGAAACGCAAUUUUCUCCGCAAAAUUGCUGCAGUAUUCGAUCCACUAGGUUUUAUCGCACCAUACGUUAUGCAAGGACGCAUCGUACUACAGAAGGUCUGGGUCGCAGGAUACAACUGGGAUGACGCCAUUCUUGGAGAAGCUGCUGACGAUGCCAACAACUGGUUUGAGGGGCUACUACAAGUAGAGAUCGUCAAAGUACCCAGAUGCCUGAGACUCGAAUCAGCUAAGAAAAUGAUCAACGCACAGCUGCAUACGUUUGUGGACGCAUCCCAAGACGCAUACGGGUGUUGUAUUUUCCUGAGGACAGAAUAUGAAGACCGAACAGUGGCAGUACGACUGGUAGCAUCCAAGGGAAAAGUAGCCCCACUGAUAGCACUCAGCAUCCCUAGACUCGAGUUGAUGGCAGCCAUAGCGGGACUACGGCUAACGGUCACCGUAUCAUCAACACUAGAGAUAUCCAUCAAAGAAGUCGUAUUCUGGUCUGACAGCAUGAACGUCCUGUGGUGGAUCAGAGGAAGGAGCCGCAAGUUCAAGCCAUUCGUCGCAAAUCGAGUCGGAGAAAUACAGGGUAUAACAUCGCCAGAACAAUGGAGACACGUGCCGACAUAUGUCAACCCUGCCGAUCUAGUCUCUCGAGGAAUGGGAAUACAAGAUCUACUAGCAUCCAAGAUAUGGUGGUCGGGACCUGCCUUUCUACAACAAGGAACAAGUGAAUGGCCUGAGAAUAAGGUGGACGACCGCAACAUAGCGAUAGUAGAACUAGAAGUGAAGAAGACAGAGAGAACGCACGUGACCACAAAUGAAGACACAUCUGAGCAGCCCAUCGAGGAAAAUAGCGUUUUGAGACUGGAACCGUCACAUUUCUCUAGCUGGAUGCAGUUAUGCAGGAGACAAGCCUGGGUUCGGAGAUUCAUCGACAACUGCAGAAAAUCGAAUAAAGAUCGUCAGAUCGGAGAAUUGAGCCCAGAGGAAAUAGAAAGGUCAGGAGACGUGAUCAUCUCCAAGGCACAACAAGAUACGUUUGCUGAAGAAUGCAAAGCAUUACGUCGACAUUGUCUCUCGCAUUCUCUGAUUUCCUCCCGCCCGCAAAUUAUCCAAUAG